AUGUGUGGAAGGUCAUGCCAUUUGGCCUCUCCAACGCGCCCAGUAUGUUCCAGAGGCUAAUGAAUGAGGUUUUACGCCCGUUCAUUAGCAAAUUCGUCAUAGUAUACUUCAACGACAUCUUGGUCUACAGCAUUACCCGAGACUCCCACCUCUAGCACUUAUGACAAGUGUUUGAGGCACUUUGACAGGAGAAGCUUUAUGCCCAUUGACAUGACUCAGUUAUUGUAUAUUAAAUCACGCAAAUAUAAAAUUUAUAAAAUUAGAAAAUAUGAAUUUUUAGAUAUUUAGAAGUAUUUUUAAAUAAAUAUAUCAAUUAUAAUUCAAUCCAAAAAUAGCGGUAUUUUUCUAGGUCGAUCAUAGGGAUGUAAUAUAAUAUCUGGUAAUUAUUCAGAAUUUUUCUCAAUGAAUAUAAUUUUCUAUGAAUUUUAUACUAGGAAACAGAGUUCCGCUCGACGAUUCUUACAUAAGCAAUUACAGAUGAUUUAAUUGAUCAAAUUAAGAUCUGUAAAAGCCAAAAGAAUCGUAAUAGAACAAAGUAUAUUUUGGUAAAUUAAAAACACAAAAAUUAUCACUAAAUGAAGCGUAAAGUAAAUUGAAAGAAGGAAAAUAGAGUUCCGACGUCGCGACGGCGAUGCGUCAGCGAUGCAUCGGAAUCCUGAGCGUUCGGGAGGAUCGUUGUGCAAUGUCACGGCCUCGAAGGCUCUCCUUGGACAAAGACGACGUGAGCAAUCUCUAGAUCUUCUCGUGAAAUCUAGAGAUCAAUGAAGUGGGUCAUCGAAUCGUCUCCGACAGCUAUCACUUGGCGGAUCAGAAAAACGGCAACUUUGCGGCUCUCUGGCGGCUGUCACCUAACGAAGAGGAGCUGGAUGGAGGUGGGGCUCAUGUCAAGGAGCUUCAUCCUCAGGUCUGCACAGCAAGAGGAGGCUCUUCAUCGCAUCCGGUACGCUCUCAGGAGGUGGCGACUCGUCUCUCGGCGGAUCGUACUCUUCUCGACGACGGCUUGUUCGUCGAUCAAUCAGAGAUGGUUUGCUCAAUGGAUUCGCGAUCCUUUUAUCGCGAAUCGUUCAGCAAUUUUAGUAGCAAUGCUCCGCGAAUCACGUAGACGAGAUUUUCGCCGAUGAUCCAACGAUUCUCGUUGCUUAAUCCUUCAUCGACGAUCUGUAGGAAAGUCACGAUAAUCAGAUAAAAUUAUAUGAAUUUUGACUCUGGGAGGAUUCAAACUCGCACUGGUCGCCCGCCUCUAAGGAAGGUGUGACGUGGGUUUAGUCCCACAUCGGUUGUGUGGCGAUUUUUCAGGCGAAUAUAUAGUAAUAUUAGCUUUCUAAUCAAAGUCUCUUCUCUCACGUGUACGACCACUCCUUGCCCCACAACUAGCUGGCCACUAGUGACGUGGAAGGGGAGUGGCGCACACGUGCCCCUAUCGGUUCAAGCUAAGCCGCUUGAGCCCCUGCUCACGGCUACUCCCCGACUGCGCUUCUGACUCGCUCGCAGGCCUGGCUGGCCGGCGGGUCCCCCUUUUUUGCAAUAUUUUUAUUUUUAUUUCUUGUUCUUCAUUUAUCUCAAAAGUAAGACUGUAAAAAUCGUAUAAAAUCACAUAAUUACCCAAAAAUUCACGUUAAUCAACUGAAAACCACAAAUCAUACUUUAACACAAAUAUAAGUCUAUUUAUCAUGAGUUAAGGCUAAAACUAUAUUAUUUACUAAUUAUUAACUCAUGAUAAUGAAGACUUAUCACCCAUCCUAAGAAGUGUAGUUUCUUCACUUCUGAGGUUAUGUUCCUCGGUUUUGUCAUCUCUGAGCGAGGAGUUUCCGUGGACCUCGAAAAGGUCCGCACGAUAGUCACCUAGCCACAGCCAGGUAGCAUGCAUGACAUCUGGAGCUUCAUUGGACUAGCAACAUUCUACUGUCACUUCAUUCAGGACUUUAGUUCCGUCACCACUCUACUUAUUGAUUGCCUCAAGAAGGAAACCUUCUUUUGGAUAGAGGCAAUUGAGCAAGCCUUCGAUCGAGUGAAGGCUCUUAUCACUCAGGCACCGAUACUUCCUCUAAUUGACUUCGGCAAGGUAUUUGAGGUCGCUUGUGAUGCCUCAAGCAUCGGUAUUGAGGGUGUCCUUAGCCAAGAAGGCCAUCCCAUAAAGUACUUUAGUGAGAAGCUGAAUGACAUGAGGCUUAGAUACUCCACUUACGACCGUGAGUUUUACGCCAUCAUUUAGGCUCUCAAACACUAGUGCCAUUACCUCCUUUAUAAGGAGUUUGUGCUCUUCUCAAACCAUGAGGCCUUGAAGUAUCUGCACUCUCAGUAGAAGCUGAGCAAUUGACACGCUCGAUGGGUUGAGUACUUGUAGGACUUCACCUUCAUCUUUCGCCACAAGAAGGGCAAGGAGAACGUGAUGGUAGACACCCUCAGCCGACGAGUCCACUUGCUGAACCUCGUGAAGGUUCAGGUGACAGGAUUUGAGUCCCUACCGAAUUCUUACGCAGAUUGCCCAGACUUCGGCCACAUUCUACGAGCACUUUUAGAUGGUCUAUCCCAAGAUCAUAAGGACUUCCUUGUGGUCAAUGGAUGUCUGUUCUUUAGGAGCAGACUGUGCAUUCCAUGUACAUCCCUCCGUGACUUCCUCACUUAGAAAUGUCACGUAGGAGGUUUAUUCGACCAUUUUGGUUGCAAUAAGACCAUCGCAGCAGUCGAGUACCAAUUCUACUGGCUGACCCUCAAGCGUGAUGUAAGAAACAUCGUCGCUCAGUGUCAAGUGUGCGCACUUGCCAAGUAGGUAAAGUAAAGAAGAAUGUUGGACUCUACACGCCACUUCCAGUGCCGACCUGCCCAUGGGAUGAUGUCAGCAUGGACUUCGUUUUGGGACUCCCACGUAGUGCACGACGACAUGACUCGAUCAUGGUGGUCAUCGAUAGGUUUUCAAAGAUGGCACACUUCGUGCCAUGUUCGAAAACCUUUGACACCUCCAAGGUUGCUAGCCUCUACUUUAGAGACAUUGUGUGCCUCCAAGUCUAUAGUCUCAAACCGUGAUGUAUGAUUUACCAACCACUUCUAGAGGACUCUUUGAAGCUUACUUGGGACUAAGCUCAAGUUCUGCACUGCUUACCAUCCAUAGACUGACAGCUAAAUUGAGGUCGUCAAUCGUAGCUUAGGGAAUCUACUUCGGUCAUUAGUCAGGGAGAGCUUGACCACUUGGGAUCUGAUCAUACCACAUGCCGAGUUUGCCUAUAACUCCUCGACCAAUCAUACCACUAGCAUGAGCACCUUUGAGAUCGCACACGGCUUAGCACCCCGCAAGCCCUAGAUCUAGUACCCCUAGACCCUCAUGUUAGAGUUUUCAAGGAUGGUGUCACAUUUGCCCAUAUUUUAGUCAGUUGCAUCAAGACAUCCAUGAUAGAAUACAGAGUUAGAAUACAUUGUACAAGUAGGCUGCCGAUAUGUAUCGUCGACCUCGGAUCUUCUAGGUGGGAGACCAGGUUAUGGUGAGGAUCAAGCUAGAGCAUUAUGCUCUUGGCUCUGCUAUGAAGCUUCACACUCGUAGCGUCGGCCCAUUUCGUGUUCUUUCCUAGAUAGGCGAGAACGCUUAUGUCAUCGACAUCCUUCCUUCGCAAGGGAUUAGCUCCACAUUCAACGUGACGGAUCUGACAUCACACCAAGCACCACCUCUUUCAUUUGACAUCGAGCCCUCGUCUACCGGCCCCUUCUCUAAGAGAGAGUUUACCAUGGAGUUCACUCCCCUCAUUUUAUCACCUAAUUGGCACGAGCGAGUCGAGGAGAUUCUUCAAGAGGUAAUUGACUUUAUACGGGAUGGAGUUUCACGAAGAUUUCUAGUACAUUUGUAGGGUCGCCUGUCGGAGGAACGAUGCUUAGAUUUCGGAAGCGUACCUGGAGUGACUACGACUAGAUCUACUAGAGCCCCUGCCUUCCCCACUUGUCAACUCGUUAGAGUCGAGUUCUUUCAACCUCAGGAAAAUUGAUGGUGAGCGGGACUUGUCUCCAUCAGCUCAAGAGACACCGGCAAUCCGAGUUCAGCCCAAUCGAAGCGUGAAGACAAAGGAGCCUAGCUUUCGCUACACAGCCUAG